UAAUUUCCAGCAGGUUACGGUGCAUUCGUACAUUCCCUUGAACUUGGAAAUGACAGGGCAUACAAGCCAUAGGAAACAAGUGGCACUUGAGUGCCUGUGUCGUUCGUUCGUGCGUUACAGUGAAAGAAAAUCUAACAAUAAUGUUUAUUGGUCACUUUCUACCAAUCGUCUGCGCUCUUCAUAAUUCAGUACUACUGCCAAGUUGGACGAGAAUCUUUUUUGACAUUAUGCCCAAAGUUUACCAUUCAGCGAAACUGUAACAAGGGUUGUUGGCGAACAAUGUCUUUCAUAUAUAAUCCUGAAGUCAUGAGAAAACCAUGACCAUCAUCUGAGCACCAAUAAAGCCUUAUGCAUGACCGGCAUGACAGAUUACAAUUCGAAACCAGUUGGCAAAACUGUUGAGUUGUUUACAUCAACAUGGCGGAAUACGGGGAAGGGACAGAAGGGCGAAGAAAGUGGUUCAUCCCGCUGGAGAAGACGAUCCUGACAGCCCUGGUCGAGCAACAGAAAUCGAUCGUCGAGUCAAAGAAAAGAGACGGGGCUUCCAAUAGAGAGAAAGAGAAGGUGUGGGAGGUGAUCGCCGCCCAGUUCUCAGCUCAUCCGUCCACACAACCGAGGACGAGCCGUGAGCUGAGGCGCUGCUGGGAGAAUAUGAAAGCGAGAGCUAAGAAGGCUCUGGAGAGUGAUCGAACAAGAGAAGGAUCUGAAGACAAUAGAAGCAUUGGUUCAGCUGUGACACCAGAAGUGGAAGCAGUGCUGAAUGUCAUCAGCCCAUAUGAUGAUGUGAAGAAUGUUGUGGUAGAUCCACAAGAUAUAGUGCCAGAUUGUUUAAUGCCAGAAGCCUCAGCAACAACAAACUCCAAUAUCAGAAUGGAGAAUUUUCAGACCAGUCAGUCAUCUGCUUCUGACACCUCCCAGAACUGUGACCAGCCCUCUUAUUAUGAAAAGCCAAAUGCUGACUUAACUGCCAACAUAGGACCUUCAAGGCGAACAAGAAAACAAAAAAUGGAUCAGUUAUGUGAUCAAGAUAUCUUAUUAGCUCAGUUGCAAAUGCAGCAAGCACAAUUGUCAAUAGAAAAUUUAAGACUGGAGAGGAAAACACUUCAGGAACGAUACCAGCAACAAAGGGAAGCUCAUGAAUGGCAGAGAGCACAGCAUGAAGCCAACCUGAAUUUAGCCAUGUUGCAAAUCAAAUUUUGGGAAAAGAAAACUGGAUAUGGUGAUAUGGAAACAUGAACUAGGGGCAGGAAAUAUUCUGGGGGAAAAUUUCCCUGAAAGGAUCUAUUGAUCUUUGAAUUAUUGAAUAUUGGAAGUAUUAGCAGCAGUUAUGACAGUCAGAUUUAUUGGCAGUACCUGAGUUAAUCAUGAUCUUAUACUAAAUGUAAUGAAAGUUAUUUAAAUGUUUUAUUUUAUAUAUGGUUUGUAAUAGUUUAAAUUUGCUGAAAAUUUUACCUGUUGACAACAAAAAUGAGUAUGAUAAUUUGUUGCACAUUGUAUAUCUUUUGAUACUUUAACCAUUAUAGUUUUAAUAAGAAAAUAUAUAAGAAUAGAAAAAAUAUAUAUACAAAUACAUAUAUUUUUGUUAUAUUAUGCAUUGUAAUGUGUACAGGAUGAAAUCCAGAAACUGUGUAAUGGAUCAUAGUUGUUCACAAAUUAGCUUUACUUCUAAAGUUAGAAGGUAAUGAGUGAUUAUUUACACUAUGAUGCUAAUAACUGGGAUAUGUAGUGAUAUUCAGCAAUAUAGAAUUACAAAGACCUAGGAAGAGCUGCCAUCUCUGUGAAUGAGGGAGGCAACAUUACUCCCCUGACAAGCUCAGGGUGACUGGUGCUUACACAGAUAAACAUAUUUGAGACUAUAAUGGUAAAUGAUGCUUAUUCAAGAUACCUCAAGAACUUAUAAUUACCAGAAGCAUUUCAUCCAGAUAAUCAGAAGUGUACCCUACCUCAGAAUAAAGGUGACUUCUACAAUAUUAGGUAAUAUGAUAUCACUUUUAACUACUUAAUUCCUUCACUGUAGAUUAUUGAAAAUGCUGUUGCAUCUUCCAUGUUAUCUAUCCCUUCAAAAGGCAGUGAUUGUGAUUAGACAAAAGAUGCAAUGGUGAAGUUUCAGGCACCUAGGUCAGUGUUCACAAAAGGUCAUAGAAUUUUCUUUGACAAAUGUAAAGGUUGUCCAAAAAAGUCUUUGACUUGUGUGGAAAACAUCCAGAUCUGAAUCAUAGACAAAAAGUUGGGUGUCAAGGACAUUAUCGUGAGGAGUCCUAGACAAAAUCUUGGAGUCAAAUAUGUUUUUCAUGUCAAAGACAUUUUGAAGCUUAUGAUCUUUCAUGAAUACUGCCCUGAGAUCUGUUAUGAAUGUGCAGCCAGACCAGAUAUACAAUGACUUUUAUAAUACUGGUACAACAAAAAUAACAGUGCAUGUUUUGCUUUAGAUAUUGUCAUUUGAGUGAUAUGUUAUUGAGAAGGCUUACUCCUGAGGAACGAUGAAAUUGCUAUAUAUUAAGUUUUAAAAUGAUUCCAAAGGACUUUGUGAUUCAGCAGAUAUGUUUUUUUUUUUUUUUUUUUUUUUUUCUGAAUUUAUAUGAGAAGUGGUCACAUCUGCUGUUUCAUAUUUAGACAAUUCCUUUAUAUAGUGCUAAAAUAAGUCUAAUUGGUCAAUUAAGCUCAGUUACCUAGUGUGUUUAAUUUGAUACUAGUACACUUCAAAUGAUUUAUGAUUAUUGAAGUUUACAGCCGUCAUCUAUUUUUGUCUAUAAAGUUCUUCAUAUUUGUGUCUUUGUUAUGUAUAUAUCUUAGUAUACCAUUUUUGUGUAUUUUUAUAUACAUAUAUUUUAUUAUGAAUUUUUUUAUAUAAUUAUGUGUAUUUAUUAUGGUAGGUGCAGUUUUUAUGCACAUUUAUGUUUCUUCCUUUCUCCUUUUUUGUUAAACCUCCACAGGUGAUAUUUGGUAAAGUGCAGAAGCUAUGUGACUUAUGAUAAGGUUUAUGUUCUGAUGAAGCCAGUGUAAGCUUAAAAUGUCUUCAUCCAGAAAGACAUUAACAACACCCAUUGUAGCUUAACAUGCUCAGAGCACUUAAAGCUGCCUGUAUUUAGGCAAGGUUACUCAAUACAGUAUUUGUAAAACACUAGCAACACAGAUUAUUGGUUGUUUACCCUCAAGAUUGCAUGGCUGAUUGGGAGUUACAACAUGCUGCUACUUCCCAGUAUUAUGAGAGGGUAUCACAUUACAUGUUAAUAGCCCAAAUAAAAGUUAGAAUUUAAAAUACAAAAAAAAAAACGUUCCUACAAAAUGCUUUCUGCUAUAUGCAUAGCGCUUUUGCACCACUUUUGUACCAUUCUAAAGUACAGAACAUUUUGAAUCAUCAUUAGAUAGGGACAUUGUACUACAAACUUCAAAUUGCUUGGCAAUUACACACAAGGAAACACAAGUACACACAAUUUUAAGCAAGAAACACACACAAACUUAAAAUCAAAUAAUCUGUUACCCACUUACAUAUUUUCACCACCCCAACAACACAUGCAUGUAUGCAAAUGAACUUGAACAGACAAACAGAAAUAAACUUACUAGCUGUUUAGAUAUUGUGGGGCCACAAAGAAUACCAUGGAAAUACUAAUUUACAAAACUAAUAUAUAAAUAAAUUGCUUCCCUGUCAUGUAAUCAAAAUUUUACAUUAUAGAUUAUUAUUGAUAGCUUAUGUAAGCAUAUUUUAAAGAUGAAAUUGAUUUUGACACACUUUACUGCCAGUGCAAUAGUGUUAAGUUAAUCCUUGAAGAAGGAUAGUGUAUGAAUAUUGGAGUCUGUAUGAAAUGGUUUGUGAUAAUAAUAGAUGUAUGUGAUUUUUUCUUCAUUUUCGUCUAUAGUGAAGAGAUGAACUUUUCUCUGUUAUAUGGAAAAUAUGUCAAAUAAAAUGCUAUUCAUGUUUGUUUAGUAAACAUGAGUUUCGUCCACUUUUUUCUAAGAAAUGUCUGUGAUAAGACAGUUCGUAUGUACUUAGUCAUUAAUAAAUAUAUAAUGGGAA